AUGGAGCCAAGAAGGGGAAAUUCAAGUCCUUUAUCGGCGGAACUUGAAAUUGUUGUUCAUUGGACGAAGCAAGAUAUGGCAGAAUCAAGUGAAUCUGGUUCAUCUUCUUGUUCGGAGCAAAAUAGGAACCAGAAUAAGUGGCAACCUUCCCUUAUUUUGCUUGACGAACCGAAUAAAGUAAAGCACCAGUUACGUUUGGAUCUUCUUAAGGCUGCACUUGAAGGAGACACUGAGGAAGCUGAAAGACUGAUUAAUGAUAAUUCUUCAAUGAGUCUAUCGAGUGCCGCUAUCACAGAAGGACAAGAGACAAUUUUUCAUGUAGCUGCAGGAGCAAAACAAACUGACUUUGUGGAGAAGAUGAUUAAAUUGAUGGCAAAUUAUAAUGACCUCAAGCUGCAAAACGAAAAAGGAAACACUGCCUUCUGUUUUGCUGUUAUGGCUGGGAGUAUAUCAGUUGCUGAGAAAAUGUUGGAAAAGGACUACAGCCUGUUGGAAAUCCGUGGUGGGGAACAGUUGACUCCACUGUAUUUAGCUGCAUUGUUCGGACAAAGGGAUAUGGCAUUAUUUUUAUACCGUCAGCAUUAUAAAAAUAAGGGAAUAUUGACUGGCGAGGACAAAAAACAAAUAUUUUUUGCAAGCAUUGAUACUACCUUAUACGAUCUUGCAUUGGAAUUGCUACAAGUUGAUAAUGAAAAUGAACUGGCUAUGACUUCUUACCUGCAUAGGGAGGCUAUUUUGACACCGUUGCAUAAACUGGCUUUGACGCCCUUGCAUAUGUUGGACCAAAGUAGCAGAAGUGACUUAUUAAAUCAGGCUCUAGAGUUGGUUAAACUUCUUUGGGAGAAAAUAUUGGAAAAAAUGGGUGACCAAGUCUGGAGUUACUUUGAUGAACAUAGAGAAUUAUUGUUCGAUGCAGCUCAUUUAGGGAACUUCAAAUUCUUAGCUGAACUCAUCCGCCUUUAUCCUGAUCUGGUUCAUCAAAAGGAUGAUCAGCAGCGCACUAUCUUUCACAUUGCAAUUAUGUAUCGUUACGGUGAUUUAUUCCAAUUAAUUCAUAAGAUAGGCUUUAACAAACAGUUGAUAGCAACUUAUUUAGAUAAGGAUAACAAUAGCUUAUUACAUCUAGCUGCAAAAUACCCAAAUCCAAAGCUGGUCAACUCUAUGUCGGGUGCAGCUUUAGAAAUGCAGCGAGAGUUGCAGAUAUUCAAAGAUGUUGAAUUGCUGGUAAUGCCUUCAUAUAGAGAGUUGCAGAACAGAAAUGGCAAAACACCACGUGAGUUGUUCACUAGUACACAUGAAGAUUUGUUGAAAAACGGAGAACAAUGGAUGAGAACCACAGCUAGCCAAUGCAUACUUGUUGCAACAAUCAUCGCUACUAUAGUUUUUCCGGCGACUUCCAAACUAUCCGGAGGUUACAAUGAUAAGGGCAUACCUAUUCAUCAAAGAAAUAUUGUGGAUCGUGUUUUUACCAUGACAGAUGGAAUUACAUUAUCUUUUUCUUCGAUUUCAAUACUACUGUUCUUGUCCAUACUUACAUCCCGUUUUGCAGUAAAUGAUUUUUACAAAUCAUUACCACUUAAGUUGGUGGCUGGACUCUUAACGCUGCUCAUAUCUAUAGCAGCCAUGAUGCUAGCUUUCAUUCCAAGCUUUUUCAUGGAUUAUGAUCACCGUACAUCAAACGUAAUCCCUAUUCUUGGUACUGUGUCAUGGAUGCAGUUGGUCUUUGAGCUCAAGGAAAUAAUGGAUUUAUGGCUGCUGAUAUUGGGCGUUUUCUAUGUGGUCAAGCUUUUUCUGACACAAAUGGAAGCAAAGAAGGUUAACUGUCCUAUCUGGACCUAUUAUAUCUGCAAGAGGGGGCCUUCUUCUUUCUUGAAGAGCUGUGCCAAUGUGCUGGUGUAUGCAGAUACUGGUGCAAUUCUUUCUUCUCAAGGCAUAUCACCAUUGUUCCAAACUGGAAAUUCUGGUGGGCCAGAUAAAUUCAAAUUGCCAGCUGUUGUUAUCCUUGCAUCAUCUGAUUGGUAA